CGCCGAUGAGGUCCAACGCAUGUUCGAUCUGGAAGACGGCAGAGGGAGGACUCCCCUCCACGUCGCCGUGGAUCACGACGCGAUCAAGGAAUUCUUCAGCCUUAAAGACUACUUUAAAGAAGCGUUAUGGAGAGACAUUGUGAACAGACGAGACGCAGGAGGGACGACGCCAGUGCACAGAACUGCCUCCUCGAUAGAACCCCCGAAAGACUUGACGCUUUUGGUAAGAGACGAUCAGACGGACAAGGCGCUCACCUUCGGGUGGAAGGAUCUGGGCUACCUCAAGUUCAUCGUCGACGUCACGAAGGUCUCCGUGAGAAAUGGCUUCAGCAAGGCGACGUUCGAGGGAGCCUUGGCCAGCCACAUCGCGUGCUACAAUCCACGCGGUGCGAAGAUCAUGAAGGAAUGGUCAGUUUCUUCAGGAACUCGUUCGCUAAAUGAAGCUCCGUGUGAAACUUUCAGAUGCAAAUCGAGAAAUAAUUUCGUCUCCAUGCAUCAAGUGAAGAUGGCAGAGAGAAAAAAAGUGUAGAGGAUAAACAUUGGAUCAGGUGUGAUACUUGGAGCAUCCAAAGAUUCUACUAGACCAGCUCACAUUGGCGAAGCUCUCUUCUCUGACGCUGGUCUUUCACGACCCUGAGCUCCUGAACAGAUUGGUGUUUGUAACAGAGGCAAGGCUGAAAAGAGACACAUGGCUAAUGGCUACCUGCUCUCCUCAAUAGAUGACGGCGAUAUUAAAAUCAUGGACGAUGUGAACAUCAACGACAGCGAGACUUUGACAGCAAGACAGCAGCACGCCGACGGCAAAUGACUCUGGUCGGUCGACGAGCAGAAACACGAGAGGCAGGAACGAGAUGAGAGGAGGAGGGGGAGGCGAGCAGCAGCAGGGCCAGACAGAGAGAGAGUGGGGAGAGACAGGGAGGGCGGAGACAGAGAGAGCGAGAGGGAGAGCGCGCAGUGGCGAGAGGGUUGAGGUUUAGGGUCACUGAGGAAAGACAUGAACUCGACUGACGACUGACGGUCAGUCAAGAAUCGAGGGACUGUGAUUGACGACUUACGGAAUAAACCGUGGGGUCAGUCCGCAGUCAGUCAAGAAUCGAGGGACCGUGACUGACGACUGACAGAAGACAUCGUCAAUGAAAUAAAUUGUUUGCUGUUUGUUUUCACAUCAAUGUUUUUGUCAUUGACAAUAUUAGAUCUGACG